AUGGCCUCCUCCUCUCCCGCAACGCUGCGCUCCCUCUACCGCUCCCUCCUCCGCGAACUCCCGCCCCGCCCCAUCCUCUCCUCCCCGCGAACUCCUCUCCACCACCGCAUCCGCUCCUCCUUUGUCGCCCUCGGCCACCAGCUCGUCGCCUACCUGCGCGCCCAGCGCAUGUACGUCACCCUCAUCGAGCGCUACAACCCGGGCAUGGACAUGGACCAGGCCGAGCGCAUCCGCCUGACGGCCAGGAGGGUCGGCAUGGACCUCCCUUCGUUGGGGAAGAAUGGGGCGCAGUAA